AUGGCACCCUCACCGCGGCUUCUCAUUAUUGGCGCUGGCAUCGUUGGCGUCAACGUUGCUGAUGAGCUGGUCUCUCGCGGCUGGACCGACAUCACGGUCCUGGACCAGGGACCUCUGGACAUGCCUGGUGGCUCAACCUCUCACGCCCCUGGCCUUGUAUUCCAGACAAACACAUCAAAGACUCUCAGCAAGAUGGCCACAUACACAGUUGAGAAGCUACUAUCACUAGACUGCUUCAACCAAGUCGGUGGUUUAGAAAUCGCUACUACUCCUGCACGGCUGGAGGAGCUCAAGCGAAAAAGGGGAUAUGCUUACUCUUGGGGCAUUGAGGCGAAUCUCAUCAGUCCUGAGAAGUGUCUUGAGUUGUACCCCUUGCUGGAUAAGAGUAGGGUACUUGGUGGACUUCACAUUCCUACUGAUGGUCUUGCACUGGCUCGUCCUGCUCAAGCGAAGCUUAUUGAGCGAACGAGAGCAGCUGGUGUCAAGUAUCACGGAUCUACAGUGGUCACAUCCAUCGAUCACCACGACGGCCACGUCUCAGCUGUUCACACAAAGAAUGGAACUUUCGAGGCUGAUAUCGUCAUCUCAUGCGCUGGAUUCUGGGGUGUUGAGAUUGGAGCCAUGGUUGGCCUGCCAGUUCCCCUGACACCAAUGGCUCACCAAUACGUGCACACAAAGUCAGUUCCUUGCCAGAAGGGCAAGAAUGAGGAGCCCAACGGUGCCAAACUACCUAUCCUCCGUCACCAGGAUCAGGAUCUCUACUACCGUGAGCACGGUGAUCACAUCGGUAUUGGAUUCUACGGCCAUCGCCCAAUGCCCGUUGUUGCAGCCUCGCUUGGUGAGACACCUAAGAACGUCGAUUCCCGAAACAUGCCAUCCAGCCUCCAGUUCACUCCCAAGGACUUCGCACCAGGUUGGGAGUUGUCAAAGGAGAUCCUUCCUGCUCUCCGAGAAACUGAGAUUGACCACGGUUUCAACGGUAUCAUGUCUUUCACCCCCGACGGUGGCCCUCUCGUUGGCCAGGCCCCCAACUUUGACAACUUCUACGUCGCUGAAGCUGUCUGGGUCACACAAUCUGCUGGUGUCGGCAAGGCACUUGCUGAGCUUCUCACCACGGGCCGAUCUGAGAUCGACCUUUCCGAGUGCGACAUCUCCCGCUUUGAGCAAGUUCAGCUUUCACCUGCCUACGUCGCCGAAACCACCUCUACACAGUUCGUCGAAGUCUACGAUAUCCUCCACCCUCUCCAGCCCAAAGAGUCACCCCGCAACCUCCGUGUCAGCCCCUUCCACCAGCGCCAGCAGGAGCUGGGUGCCUACUUCCUCGAGGCUGGUGGUUGGGAACGCCCUCACCACUUCGAAGCCAACGAGAAGCUGCUCAAGGAUCUGCCUGAGGCUUGGAAGCCUGUCGAGCGAGAUGCUUGGUCUUCUCGAUACUACUCUGCUGUUUCGGCGGCUGAGGCCUGGAAGACGAGAACUGCUGUUGCUCUGUACGAUCAAACUCCUAUUCGACGUCUGGAGAUCACUGGUCCCGGUGCUGCUGAGCUGCUUCAGCGCUUGACGACUGGUAACGUUGCUGGAAAGGUUGGCAAGGUGACAUUCACCCUACUCUUGGAUAGCCAUGGUGGUAUCAAGAGUGAUAUCUUCGUCGCUAGACUCGGGGAGGAUCUCUUCCAUCUCGGAGUCAACGGUCCUGUCGACCUUCACUACUUCACCCGUGAGGCCAAGGUUCAGACCAAGGCCAGCCCUCACCGAGCAGUCCAGGUCCGCGACAUCACAGGUGGUCUCGCUGCCGUUGGAGUAUGGGGUCCCCGUUCCAAGGAUCUCAUCAAGCUCGUCAGCAAGGACGACUUCUCCGACCGGGCCCUGCCUUACCUGAGCGUCAAGAAGGCUGAGAUCUCUGGCAUUCCCGUCAUCGCCACCAACUUCUCAUACAUUGGCGAGGAAGGCUGGGAGAUCUACACGACCGCAGACAAUGGUCUGCGACUUUGGGACGCUCUCUGGCAGGGUGGCCAGCCUUACGGAGUCAUUGCUGCUGGCCGAAGCACCUUUAACGCUCUCCGCAUCGAGAAGGGUUUCAGAUCUUGGGGUACAGAUAUGACAUCUGAGUACGACCCUUAUGAGGCUGGACUCGAGUUUGCUCUCCAGCCUGGCAAGGAUGGCUAUGCUGGCUACAACGCCCUCAAGGGUCGGUCCAGCGAGAAGGUGUCUCGCCGCAUUCGCGGCCUCACCAUUGACGACGGUCGCUCCGUCAUUCUCGGCAAGGAGCCAGUGUUCGUCAAGGGCCGUGCCGUUGGCUACGUGACAAGCGCAGCAUUCGGAUACAGCGUUCGCAAGCCUAUUGCUUACGCAUAUCUACCCAAGGAAGUCAUCGAGGGCGACAAGGUAGAGAUUGAGUACUUCGGCAAGCGCAUCAAGGCUACCGUUACAUCUCUUCCCUUUUACCAGCCCGAGAAGAGCGCUUAUGGCCAGACCUCACAGGCCAGCUUCUCUGCUCCUAACUCGCUCAACGGCAUCCAGAAAUCGAGAGAGAAUCCUUCAACGGUAGAAGAGAUGGCUAGAAUGCAAGCAUUUGUGACGGAUGGCAAAGGAAGCGGCUCCGUCCAGUUGAUUCCUCGUCCAAGCCCGCGAGAAGGGGAAAUUCUUGUCAAGAUUCACUACGCGGCUCUAAAUCCUGGUGACUGGAAACUCGUUGAAGGCGAUGUCUUGGAUGGACCAGCACAGCCAGGUCUCAUUGCAGGCUGUGACUUCGCCGGCACAGUCGAAGACCCCAACGGCUCCGACUGGAAGAAAGGCCAGAGAGUUGGUGGCUGGGUUCAUGGCGCAACCUUCGAAGGUGUUGGAUCUUUUGCAGAGUACAUGAACAUCGAGGCAUCACUCGUAUUUGCCGUGCCCGACAAUACUAGCUUGCAGCAGGCAUCAACUAUCUCACUCGCUUUUGCGACGGCCACGCAAGCUAUGUAUCAGCGCUUGUCUUUACCUGAGCCCUGCCAGUCCAAAGAAAACAGACUGGAGUUUCUGGUGUAUGGGGCUUCCACGAGUGUUGGCCUGUAUGCUGUGCAACUUGGCAGGCUCAGCGACCUUCGUGUCAUUGCAGUGGCCUCGUCCAAGAACCAUGACCUCCUCAAGCGUCUGGGGGCCGAGGUCACAGUCGACUACCAUGACGAAGAUUGGGUUGAACGUGUCAAAGAGGUUACGGGAGGGCAAUUAAGAUAUGCCCUCGAUAACAUUGCAGAUGGAGGUUCUGCAGAGAAAAUAGCCUGCUGCUUGGCUCAUAGCCCAGGAUCUCAGCUGAUUGCUCUAUCGCCACUGGACAAAAAGUCUCUUCGCGCUGUCAAUCCAUAUGUCAAAGCCGAGUCAAUGCUCGCUUUUACAGUUUUUGGCAGGGCGUUGGGUGAAGAAUACACCGUGUUUGAUAACACAGGUUCUGAGACACCAGACGAGAAAAGUGCUUGGGAGAAGUACCUACGACUAAUAACUGGGAUGCUAGAGAGGGGUGAUCUUGAGGCAAACCAUGUCGUAGAAGUUGGGACCCUGGAAAACGUUACUGAGGCUUUCCGGUUGAGCAGAGAAGGGCACUUGUCGGCUGCGAAGGCCGUCCUGAGAGUUGAGGCGGAACUUGGAAGGGAUAG